AUGACGAGGGAUCCUACUACAAUGCUCAGUGGCAAACGCCUUUUGCUAUUCCUGUCGGUCCAACAAGUCUUUUGGUGUACUACUACUCUUACGUUUGCCCAAAUUACUGUGGCCCAAAAUACCGACGAUUGUCCCAUCACCAAUGAUCUCUUUCAGCAGCAAGAACAAUGCGACUAUGUCUUUGAUGGUGUCUGCGAUGCCGGUACUAUCUGUCCCACCGGCACGGACUGUUUUGAUUGUCACGGCUGUGCGGCCUACCAUCUGAAUUGUACCAGUUGCAUUGACAAUGGCUGCUUUUGGUGUCCUUCCGAUGCCACUUGUCAAUCGCAAUCGUUGGGCAAUGUUUGGACUACCAUUCAACAACAUUUUGCUACUGCCAAAGUCUCUUCGUGUGAAGCUGACGACAGUUGGGUACAAACGUGUGCGACCAAUCCAGAAAAUAUCUUUACGGAUCCCUUGUACAGUGCCCAACAAUGGGCCUAUCAAAUGAUGAAUGUCGAACCCGUCUGGGCCGCGGGUUACACCGGAAAAGGAGUGGUCGUGAGGGUCAAUGAUCCCAAUGGCGUCGAUGUCACGCAUCCCGAAUUGGCACUCAAUUUUGAGGCGUCCGCUUCUUGUUCGUCCUAUUUGCCUGCGAGUCCAGAAGAUUCGCACGGGACAGCCGUGGCGUCCUUGGCCGUGGGAGUCGCCAACAAUUCACACUGUGCCGCUGGCAUUGCACCCAAUGCUACCUUGUCGGCGUGUGUCGGACCUUCUACGAAAUCCGAUGAGGAUGUCGCGCGCUUUUUUGAUAAUGGUCUCGAUUCCACCCACAUCUCUGUCAACAGUUGGGGAUUUGAUGCCUGUUCCAAAAAGAAUAACAAUAAUGCACGACGUCGACUUCAGACAACGUGUCCCUUUGUGGCCGACAAUAAUCCCUGCAAUCAGUGUGCCGAUUGGACCAGUUCGGACUGUGAAGCAGAGAUUGUCACGUUUUGUACCGAACACUACGAGACGGAAAUGCUGGGAUGUGCCGAGUAUUUGGAUUUGUUCAUUACUUGUGGCUAUAAUGUUUUGUCCGAUGUGGGACAAGAAGCCAUUACAAAGGGGGUACAACAAGGCAGGGAUGGCAAGGGGAUCAUUUAUGUUUUUGCUGCAGGGAAUGAAUUGGACAUGGCAGAGGAUGUCAACAUGGAAGGGUGGCUCAAUUCGAGAUUUACCAUUACAGUAGGAGCAGUUGGCAAGGACGGCCUGCAUGCAUCUUACUCCACACCUGGGUCCGCUCUCUUUAUUAGUGGACCCGGUGGAGAUUUCAAUGACGCAACGAGCAACAUUGUGGCAGCACCGGGAGGCGGCUGUGUGGAUGCUACCGUUGGCACUUCCUUUGCCACUCCCUCGGUGGCAGGAGCCAUUGCUCUCGUUCUGGAAGCCAACCCUAUGCUUGGAUGGAGGGAUGUGCAAUCCAUUUUGGCGGCCACAGCACGAAAGAUUGACGAAGACAAUCCCAGCUGGACUACCAAUGGAGCACUCGUACACCAUUCCAACUUGUACGGAUUUGGCACGAUGGACGCACGAGCCGCCGUGGAGGUGGCAAAGACGUGGAUCAACGUUGGCCCCGAACGACAAAUCAUGAUGGAAAGUGGCGAGAUUGGAGUCGCCAUAGUGGACAAUCCAUCGUCUCCUGCAGAAUGGGCACUCUUUGUCAAUGGGACCGGCAGCUUUUCCGUCGAGUCUGUGGUAGUGUAUUUACAACUAGAGCACGAGUCUCGUGGAGACUUGGAGAUUACUCUCAUGUCACCAUCCGGCACCGAGUCGGUAUUGCAUCCCGGUUCCCGCCCCGAAAACAGACACUUGAUUGGAGAGGAACGAUGGAAACUCAUGACGGUUCGUAACUUUGGGGAAUAUCCAGUGGGGGUUUGGACGAUUGCUGUGACAGAUCGACGGCCUGGCAAUCUGGGGGAUUGCGUGAAUUUGGAUUUCGCGUUUUCCUUGACCGAAAAUGGUGAAACGUUUGUUGUGAACUGUGGAACGAUUGAAUCGAGUGCAUCCUGUGCGAAUGGGUCGGUCGUGGACUCGGAGGUUGACAAUGUGGUGGAUUUAUCGACUGGCCGAACGGGACGGGAAGCUUGUUGCUCGUGUGGUGGAGGCAGAGCUGCGUCGACUGUGAAUGAACUCUUGUCCUGGAGGCUUGUGAUCUAUGGACACGGAGACUUCAUUGAAGGUGAUGGGCUGGGAUCAGGUGGCUCAAGGUGCCAUCAAGACAACCGGGGUCUCGUGUUGAUGUCGCUUGGCUUGGUAUCGUUGGUAUCUCUUGCGUCUCUCCUUCACGGUGUUUGA